AUGCACAGAUGUAGACAGGCAGACAGCCGGACAGAUGAAUGUCUGGCGGCGAUCAAACCAAAAUUGCCGCCAUCUUGCUCGGUCUUCUUGUAUUCGGUCGUCGGAAGCAGACGAUCAUUUUAUCAUUCUAUUUUUUUCUUUUUUGUUCUUAAUACCUUUAGGCUGAGCUCCACCAAGGCUAGCGAGAGCGGCAUUGUGGACGACCUCCAGGCGGUCAAAGACGAUGACGACGAUAACGACGACGAUGAAGAUGACAAACUGCCUUCUGGUCAUGACUACGACACGGAGAGAUUGAAAGCCUUUAACAUGUUUGUCCGUUUAUUCGUGGACGAGAAUCUUGAUAGAAUGGUGCCCAUAUCGAAACAGCCCAAGGAUAAAAUCCAGGCGAUAUUAGAAGCAUGUGACAGACAAUUCCCUGAAUUUCACGAAAGGUCGCGAAAACGGAUCCGGACAUAUCUAAAGUCUUGCCGUCGGAUGAGGAGGUCUAAAGAACAGAACGGCUGGGAACCGGUCCCUUCGACGCUAGGAAUGAGAUCGCCUCCUGUCGACAAACAUAAAGUCCAAAAGCUUCGCCCCACACCUCCCCACCUGACGUCAGCAGCCGCGGAAGGUAUCCUAGCAACGGCAUGUGAGAAUGAGAGCAAUAAUGCUAAGCGGAUGCGAAUGGGGUUGGAACCGCUGCCCGCAAGCGCAGUUCAGCAGAUGAACAACAACACUAGCGGAAGCGGCGGCGGUGGCGGUGGCGGAGGCGGCAGCAGCGUCGGAGUUGGUGGCGGCAACAACAGCAGCAGCAACAACAACAGUAGCAACAAUAGCAGCAGCAACAACGCCAACAAUGGCGGUAGCGUUAACCUUAGCAGCGGCGGUGGAGGUGGCGGUGGCGGCGGCGGCGGUAAUGUGACCCCGUCCUGCCAGACCCCAACGGGCCAGAACCAAGCCCACGCGCUCACCCAGUCAAGCCAGCCGCAAUCCCAAACGGCCAGCAUCGACCGAUCGGCGCCGCCCACGGGAAACGAUUUUAUCCGGCAUCAGCCGCCAACGUUUCGACCACCACCGGAGUUCCACCCUCCGUUUUUCACCAACAGUAAUGGUAUCUUUCGACCGGGUUUCACGACAAGCUACCAGCAUCCCGCACACCAUCAUCCGCCAGUAAUUCAACACACCCCACUCCAACACAAUUCAGUACAAAACGGUCCGACAGAUUUGAGCAUGAAAAAGCAAAACUCGAAAAACCAGCUUAGUACGAGUGAGGUGGCUACCAUAAAACAACUGAUCGCAGGAUACAGAGAAUCGGCAGCCUUUCUCUAUCGGUCGGCAGACGAGCUUGAGCAGUUAUUAUUGCAACAAAAUUAA